UUUAAUUAAAAAAAUUUUUUUUCUUAGAAAACUAAUUAUACAUUUUUUAUCUAACAGUAACAAUAAUGUUUUAUUGAAGAUCUACACUUUUGUUCUUGUAUUUAUUAUAACGAAAAUUUGCUUGAGAUCUCUCCGAAGAAUUUACGAAUCAAUUGUAAUUUCCCGCAUUUGUCGUUUGAUUGUAUAUUUCAGCUAACGGAACUCUUGAUGGUAACGUGGUGUUCGAUAAUCGUGGCUCAGUCAGAAACUGCGGAGAAUGACCAGGAAACAUUAUUGAGAACAGCCGCGGAACAGUUGGAGCGAUUAGCACCGUAUCGAAAAACCGCGGAUCAAAGACAGUCCGAGUUCUCCAAUUUGCUGGAGACGUGGAAAUCUUCGAUAGGUCAAAAUCAAUUAGACGUGACGAAGAGCGAUGCGGAUCCGAAUGUAUCUUGGGAAAUGCCCGAAGUUUCUCAGCAAACGGAGCCGGAUAAGACAGAGCGGAUCGAUGACAAAAACCUGAUAACUAUUAGUGUCAUUACGGAUCCGCAAUACUCCGCGUUGAUGCAAGAGAGAAUAAAAAGAGGCUACGACGUUGGAUCCGCCAGUCUUCUGACCAGCAUAGCAGGUGGAGUGUUAUCUGGAGUCGCGAGUGCAUCGAGUGGCUCUGCGGCGAAAGCGUCUGCGGGCAGCAGCGAAUCGGCGUAUAAACCGGUGUACGGUGCACCUACAGUGGAGCAUACCUAUUCUUCGUACGAAGAAAAGCCUUUCGGCCCGUGGGAAUUCAAAAAAGUAAUUUUCAGCACGUUGUUUCAAGCUCUCAAAGCAAUAGGUGGCGGGGUGUUGGCUCUUAAAGGGCAACUAGUUAAAGGAGGUGGCUACUUGCUGGCGGGCAAAGGCAAAGUUGUUGCAAAAGCAGGGGAUGUCAUUACAUCUUUCGGUAAACAACUGGCAGCCAGCGCGCAAGCAAAGCCUUAUCCGCCAGAACCUUAUUAUGAUUAUCCACCGACUCAGCAUACAGGUCAUGAUCCUAGCUACCCAGGGCCAUCGCCAAGCUCUGAUUUUUCCGAGAUACCUAGUGACUUUUCGGCACACGAAACCUAUGGCGUGCCAUCAGACGACAAUGGUCAGGGCGGCCUGCUGAUCGUGACACCGACGAAAUCUGACCUGGACAAGCAUAGCAAUCAACAUACAAACGUGGCAGUGCAAGACAGUCCGGAUCAUACCAAAUUAGCGGAGAGUUUCGGUGAACCAAUCAAGAUUUUCUUGAACAGUGUACCGAAAGCUAGCGCCGGUUCGAAGGAUCAAACCGUAGCUGGUCAGGAGAGCCUCAACAACAACAACAACAACAACAACGUGAACCCUUAUCCUGCCGUUCAGCAUUCGAUUUAUGGCGUACCGGAUCAUUAUAGUGCGAAUCAUAACAACUCGGCAUAUAACUACGAGCAGAAUUAUCCAGCUGUUCAAGACGAUGCUUAUCAACAACCCAAAUUACCGCAAAUCACAUCGCAGCAAAAUUAUCCCGUCGCUCAAGCCGGCACUUAUCAGCAACCUGAAUUACCACAGGUCAUUUCGCAUCACUUCUCGAACUUCGACCUAGAUCCAAAUUUGUUGUCUCAGCCAAACGGAGCGGAAUAUCCACCGCUUCAGUAUCCAAGUCCGCACAGUUCUCUGCUAGAUUCGCCUAAGCUGUCGCAUGAUGAUGGUACAUCAGUAUACGCGAGUCUGACUGUGGAUACUGAGCCGCAAAUUGCGCCCUUGAAGGUGUCUCUUCUAAGCCCUCAUCAAGGUGCUCUUGAUCUGCCCAAAUUGCAACCGCACGUGGAUUUUCACAGGCAGCCUCAGUUUGUAAACUAUCUCCACGGUAGUUUAGGCGGUCCAUUGAGGGUGCCGCUUCUGAAUCCAAUGCCAUCGGCUUACUACUGGCAGAGCCAAGGAUCGCUGGUACCGGCCUCGGCUCUCGAUAUGCUGGAUGAUUUCCAUAAGAGGAACGUCCUCGACAGACGGGUGUUCGCUAAACGACUCGCGCGUUACGCGUCAUUACAGAAGCUCCAUCAUCUGUAAGGUCAAGACAGUGGUUUAUGCGUUCGCGUAUUACCCUCGUCCUGCUAGAUACAGGAACAAAUGGCUGUAUCCUUAUGGACGAUGAGAACUUUCGUCACCAACGCUCACGUGGAAGACGAGAGAAAGAGGAGUCGACGAAAGUGGGAUAUAUUUCCGAGCCAGCACAAAAGAACGCCCACAUCCGACGGAGGAUUCUAUAUACUAUUGAAACACGCGGACACCAAAGUGUAUCGUACAGUUAUACUGUGCGCCUCGAAAGACUUCUAUUAAACGAAGCAGAGAUUUGAAGUUAUCUUUUGAGACGUUCCGUAUAUAUAUUUCGGUCUGUCGACAGAAACGAUUACACGAUUCUGUAGGCAAGGCCAGAAAUCUGAAUUCAGAUAUUAACGAAAUAACGUCUCUAAUAUUAAUUAUAUAUAAAUUAUAGGUAUAACAAUUGCAAUUAUAUAGUUAUUUAAUUUGUGAAGGAGACUUUCUAAGAGAUAGUUCACUCUUUCCACCUGUUCGCCAUUUGCGAUCGUGAUGGAUGCAAAUACGUAAGUCUUAAAAGGAUUCCAUAAUGAUGGAGCUUACAUGAGACUUACAGCCAUGAAAAAUAUGGUCUUAAUAAUAUUUUGUAUGUACAUGUUAACUUCUUGAAAUCAAUAAAUGUGAAAUCACAUUUUAUAUUAAAUGUCUAAAUUUUAUAAGAAAAAAAUGUUUAAAAAAUCUA